AAUAUAUAAUUUUAUGUGCUUCGGAGUUCGUGCAAGUUUAUUUGCCACACAAUACGUUGAAGAAGAAGAAGAAGAAAAAAAGAAGACAACAGAUUGAGGUUGGCAAACGUUUGUUCCCCCCCCCCCCAAAAAAAAAAAAAAAGAAAAAAACGCACAAAAAAAAAAAAAAGUGGUUUCUGUUAUGUUCUGUUCACUUGUUGCUGCGGAUUUGCCAAUCGCCAAUUGUAUUUAUUUUUGGUUUCUAUUGUUUUAGCCGGCAGUUUUUUUUGUCUCGUUUUUUCUUUCUUUCUUUCACUAACGUCCUUGUUCGUGUAGUAAAUAAAUACAAAACCCAAAAGAGGCUCCUCCCACAUUUACCGGUAUUUCCGUUAAAACUUUCUUCCUUCCGCAAACCAACUCCACAGAAAACCAAAAAAAAAAAAAAAAAAAAAGCUCUUUCCUUUUUUCCUUUUCCAUUCUCCAUUCUUUACAUCCAAAUCCAAUAAAACCAAAUCAAAACAAGAGAUCGAGGAGGGGAAUGAGAAAGGAGAGGAAGAGGAAGAUGAAGGGAAGGAUAUCGAGAAUCGGAAGUUACGCGAUUUCGUCAUCGAUAAGAGACCAACACCAACAACUACAGCCUUGCAUUACCUGCACCACCUUCAACAUUCUCGCCCCUAUCUAUAAGCGCCUCAACCACGAGGAUCCAAGUUGCCGCGAGAGCGAUUACAGGGCUUUUUGGAUGACCAGGAACCAAAGCAUAUUGGAUUGGCUCUUGUAUGAAAGGUCCUCCAUUAUUUGCCUUCAGGAAUUCUGGGUGGGGAAUGAAGAACUUGUAAAUAUAUAUGAGAAGAGGCUUGGGGCUGCUGGUUAUACGAGUUUCAAGCUUGGGCGCACCAACAACCGUGGCGAUGGCUUACUGACUGCGGUCCACAAGGACUACUUUAGAGUACUUAACUGUCGAGAGUUGCUUUUCAACGAUUGCGGGGAUCGUGUUGCUCAGUUGUUACACGUCGAAUUAGCCACCCCAAUUGCGCAGUGUCGAAAUAACAAUGAUAUUCGGCAGGAAAUUCUCAUCGUGAACACUCACUUGUUGUUUCCUCAUGAUUCGAGUUUGUGUCUAGUAAGAUUGAAUCAGGUCUACAAAAUCCUGCAAUGGGUAGAAUCUUAUCAGAAGGAGAACAAUCUGAAUCCCAUGUCCAUAAUACUCUGCGGUGACUGGAAUGGAAGCAAACGUGGACAUGUUUACAAGUUCCUUAGGUCCCAAGGAUUUGUCUCAUCUUAUGACACUGCUCAUCAGUAUACCGAUGCCGAUGCACAGAAGUGGGUCAGCCAUCGCAACCAUCGGGGGAACAUAUGCGGUGUCGAUUUCAUAUGGCUUCUUAAUCCUAACAGUUACAGGAAACUCCUAAAAAUGAGUUGGAUUGAAGCAGUAUUUGGCAUGUUCAAGUAUCUACUUAGAAGAGCUUCGCUGACAGAACAUGAUGCGUUUGCCUUUCUCAAGGCUGAUAAUCGCGACGACUACAUAACCUACUCAGGUUUCUGUGAAGCACUUCGACAGCUUAAUUUGAUUGGCCAUUGCUAUGGACUCAACGUUGAAGAAACAAAGGACUUGUGGGUUCAAGCAGAUAUAGAUGGCAAUGGAGUUCUUGAUUUCAAAGAAUUUCAGCAGCGAAUUUGGAAUUCAACGGGGUCUGAACAAGGAGACGAACAUGUAAGCAUGGUCCAAGACGGCGGUUCAAAGGACAACAAGCAACAAACAAUCGGUUUCAGCAUAAAAAAUGCAGUUCUCUUCCCUCCUGAAGUAGAGAAAGGGAGAUGGCCUGAUGACUACUCUCUCUCAGACCACGCACGCCUCACCGUGGUGUUUUCACCAAUUAGGAUGCCAUGCUCCCAGUUAAUAUCUUGACGAGCCUUCGUAGUGCCAAAGAUUUAAGCUUGCUUGUGCAUAAAGAAACACGAAAGAUACUAAUGGAAGUUGGGCCAUCAAAGUUCUUGGUUUAACGAACCAUUUUCGCGAAGAACUCUGCUUCCAUUCCUAUUCCUUUCGAGCAUUUCACUGGCCUUCUGCUAUUCAGUUUACACAAGGUGGAAGUUUUGUUCUGAUUUUCCAUCCCAAAACGGAAUAAAAGAAAGCGAGAGAAGAAGUUCAAGAUUU